AGCAGGUCAUGCUUUUGUCCACCAUUUCUAUUCGUCAGCAAUCUCUAGUUCGUUAUCUCGUUCCCUUAGCAACGGAUUUCUCCAACCACCAGCAGCUGCAACGUCUUGCCACUGGUCAUCACAAGAAUUUCACGCCGGUUAUUAGUAGAAAAUUUAGUCACUCAGCUUUCACCAUAAUGAGUUCGUCAAAACACCAACUGUCAAACAUGUACAAGGGCCUUGAGUAGAAUGUCUGGUAUGUUUCCAUGUAUUCCACACUCGACAUGUUCUCAAUAUAUUUCUUUGUUUUAACACCAUCUUUAACAUUUAGGGUAGAAUUUUUUGCUUUGGCCAUGGAACACAAGCCACUCAAUCUUGGACAGGGUAUACAAAAAUGAUUGCUUGUUUAUUGAGGCAAGUUUUACCAUAUUUUUCUUCGAUUCAAGGUUUUCCAGAUUUUGCUCCACCACAGCACGUCAUUGAUGCGUUGGCAGAUGUGUCCAAGUCAGACAAUGUUUUGUUGCAACAAUAUACCAGAGGAUAUGGUCACCCACGUCUGAUUCAAGCCCUUGCAAAACUCUACAGCCAACACAUUGGCCGAACCGUUGAUCCCUUGACUGAAAUCUUGGUUACAGGUGGUGCUUACGAAGCUUUUUUCUGCACCAUCAUGGGCUGUGUCAAUCCUGGAGAUGAAGUCAUCAUCAUUGAGCCCUUCUUUGAUUGUUAUGAGCCCAUGGUUCGCCUCGCCGGUGAAACCCCUGUCUUCAUCCCACUUCGUCCUGUAUAACAUUCGCAUUGUUUCAUUCUUAUCGUUAGCAUAGAUCUAACGUGUUUUUGUCUUAUCAAAUAGAAAGCUGGCGGAGAGGGCCAUUCCUCUGAAUGGAUGACGCAGAGCUCACGCCCAUGUUCACCGACCGCACCAAAGCCAUCAUAGUCAACACUCCAAAUAAUCCCCUGGGAAAAAUCUUUACGCAAAAGGAACUCGAAUUUAUUGGACAGUUGUGCAUCAAAUUUGACGCAUUGUGCAUCAUGGACGAAGUGUACUAGUGGCUCGUGUACGAACCUU